CAGCCAUAUUUUGCCCACCCCUGUACUAAGGCAACUGUUAAGAUCCACCCUGGAUAUAAUUCCAGAAAGUUAUAUUAAUAAAUACUUGUUAGUUCAACAUAGGAGUGUCCAGAGUGUUGUUGCUGAACUAACAACAUAUCAAUCCUCUUCUGUGCUUUUUCCUCAAUUUAUGCUCAGCCACUGAAAAAAUAAAAAAACUGCUCACCAUAAACUCACUGGAAAUAGGUAGAAAGAGUGAAUUCUCCAGGAUUUUCACAUCUGCCUUGAUUCCUACUUUGUGACCUUGACCACAAGAUGUGUGACCUGAACAAAACCACAACACGGAACUCAACAGGGGUCCAUUUAGCUCCAUUAGGUUUGGUCCUAGGUUGCAUUUCGCUGAUCACUAUUGUCCUAAAUAUAUUGGUCCUAUAUGCAGUGAGAACAGAAAAGAAAUUACAGACAGUUGGCAACCUAUAUAUUGUUAGCCUCUCUGUUGCAGAUCUUAUAGUUGGUGCAGUUGUUAUGCCCCUGAAUAUCGUGUACCUACUGACUCCAACAUGGGUACUAGGUAGACCAAUCUGUCUGUUCUGGCUUUCAAUGGAUUAUGUAGCCAGCACUGCUUCCAUUUUCAGCCUCGUCAUAUUGUGCAUAGAUCGUUACCGUUCAGUUCAGCAGCCGCUCAAGUAUCUCAAGUACCGAACCAAAACUAGAGCAACUGCAAUGAUUUCUGGAACUUGGCUAGCUUCUUUUCUGUGGAUCAUACCAAUUCUGGGUUGGCAUGUUUUUGCCAAUGGUGGAGAAAGGAAGGUUUGUGAAGAUGUCUGUGAAACUGAGUUCCACAAAGUUACCUGGUUUAAGGUGUCAACAGCCAUUGUCAACUUCUAUGUGCCAUCUUUACUGAUGUUAUGGUUCUAUGUGAAAAUAUUCAGGGCUGUUCAGAAACACUGUCAGCAUCGAGAGCUCGUCAAUGAAUCUUAUCGGUCUUUAUCAGAAAACAAAAUCAUACAUAGUGAUAAGGUUCAAGAAGAGCAAAACAUUUGUCUCCAGAAGGAAAACUUGGGUUUAAACGCAAGUGUUUUGAAAAAAAGCUUGGUAGAUCCCAGCUGCAAUGUAAAUAUCAACUUCCCUCCUGAAAGUGUAGAGGCAAAGCUUCACCAAGGCAGCUCAGACAAAGCCUCAAAGACCCUCCCUAGAAGAAAUGACAGAAAAGUCAUGAAACUUAGCUGCUUCCCCCUCACUAUUGCCCAGACUCAGCCAGGCAUAGAAAAAGUGAGCAGGAUGUAUAUGUCAGUUGAUAAGCACAAACAGAAUGAAGAGGUGCCUUGCCCAGAGGAUUUGGAAUUAAGUGACACAUCUGAACACACUUUCGCAGAAGUGGCCUCAUGUAAAAAUGACUCUGAUCCAACUUUGGAGUCACAUUCUGGUUCUGAGGAAAAGACUAACAACAAAAAUUUUGUAAGUCUUGGUUACCUGAAAAAGGCCUGGAAGAGACUGCGCAUCCAUUCCGAGCAGCACGUACAAGGACUACAUACGAACAGAGAAAGAAAAGCAGCCAAGCAGUUGGGUUUUAUAAUGGCAGCCUUCAUGUUGUGCUGGAUUCCCUACUUUGUGGUGUUUAUGGUAAUAGCUGUUUGUAGGUGUGAGAAGUUUAAGUUACAUAUGUUCACUAUCUGGCUUGGCUAUGUGAACUCCACCUUUAACCCACUCAUCUAUCCUCUCUGCAAUGAGAACUUCAAGAAGACUUUCAAAAAGAUCCUUCGUAUCCCUUCAUAAUUUAUCUUGUGGCUGAUUUUAUUUGGUGUGGAAAAACAAUGACAUGUUCAUGACUCUUCAGUGAAACAAAACCUUUUACUUUCAAGGGAAAAAUAAUCAUGAGUAAGGUGUAAAGCUUUGGAAAAUUAUGUGUAAAACAAGUGUCUGUGAAAGUGGGCAAUGUGUGUGUUCAUAUAACAAAUAGAAGCUUAAGAGUUCAAAGUAUUUAAAGGGGAUCUGGCUUUGACCAGGACUCCUGAAAACUCAGGGGCCAGUCUUAGGACUGCUAGGCUAUUGUGCAUUUUUUACAUCUUUAAGACUACCUCUUUCCAUUAUGUAUAGCAAAACUGGAGAGAAGAUAGAAAUCUUCAGUGGUAUAGAAGUACAUGGACAGUUUAUAGAAAGAAACAGACCGCAGUUUAUAUUAUCAGCCAACUACUCAUUUUGACUUCUGUAAUAUACAUUUUUAAACCUGGGAACAUGCAACUUGUCAAAGACAUAGAUUGCUUACUAGAUAAUUUUUUUAUGUAGUAUAAAUAUGGAGUUUGAAUUGUUUUUUUUCAAAUGUAUCCUGUUUAUUUAUAAUUUCCCCAGCAUAAUGCACUUUUUAGAGAUACCAAGUUGUAUUGUGAUGUGCUAUAAAUCUUUGGUAUUGUGUUUAACAUUC